AUGUAGUGUUUAAAUAUUUUAGUUGUCUGCUUAAUAAAAUGAAUAUUCGCUGCACCACUCCCGAGGAUUUAAUGAACAUGCAGCAUUGUAAUUUACUAUGUUUACCGGAAAAUUAUCAAAUGAAAUACUACCUUUACCACGGACUUUCUUGGCCUCAGCUUAGCUACGUAGCAGAAGACGCUAACAAGAAAAUUGUUGGCUAUGUUUUAGCUAAAAUGGAAGAAGAAUCUGAAGAUGACAUCCAUGGUCAUAUAACCUCACUAGCUGUUAAAAGAACCCAUAGAAGACUGGGAUUAGCGCGCAAGUUAAUGGACCAAGCUUCUCGAGCAAUGCUGGAAAAUUUUGGAGCUAAGUACGUUUCCUUGCAUGUACGUGUGAGUAACAGAGCUGCAUUAAAUCUCUACGAAAAGACUUUAAAAUUCGAUAAAAGUGAGGUUGAACCGAAAUAUUAUGCAGAUGGGGAGGAUGCUUUUGCAAUGAGAAAGAACUUGGCUGAUUUUAGCAUGGUCGAAACUUCUCAAUACGAUUCCGAAGAUGAAACAUGUCUUAACAUAGAGCCAAGCCUUGAUAAACUAUCAUUAGGAGAAAAAGCAACGUAAUUGAAACUCCGUUGAAGAUGUUUUAAGUCUUUA